AUGGGCCCCGAGGGCAGUCCCUACGCUGGCGGUGUCUUCUUCCUCGCCAUACAUUUCCCCACAGACUACCCUUUCAAGCCGCCAAAGGUCAACUUCACCACGCCCGUGUACCACCCAAAUAUCAACUCAAACGGCAGCAUCUGCCUCGACAUCCUGAGAGACCAGUGGAGUCCUGCUCUCACCAUAUCAAAGGACCCCAACCCAGACGACCCGCUCGUUCCAGAGAUAGCUCACCUGUACAAGAAGAAGGAUGGAGAAUAUGAGAGAAUCGCCGCCGAGUGGACACGCAAACAUGCUAUUGGUUGA